AUGGCCCCUAAACGUAAGUCACGAGCAAGUCGAUCUCGAAGUCGAGCUUCAUCUAUGGACUCUAGUGAAGCUCCUCCAAGUAAAGCCAUGAAAUCAUCGGUUCGAGGAAAAUCAAAGAAACGAUCUAAAUCACGAGCAAGUUCAAUCGAUGGCAAAGAUUCCGGAAUGGGUUCCGAUUCAAAUUUAAGCUCAUCAAGUGUCUCCAAAUCAAGUGAUUCCCAAAUGGAUUCUAAACCUUCAAAAGCAAUGGGACGUAAAAAAAGUAAAUCAAUGGGCCCUAAGAAAAGCAAAGGUGCAGGUAAAAGUAAAGGAAAGGGAAAAUCGAAAGGACGAAAGACAAAAGGUCGAAAAGGUAAAAAAUGA